AUGCUGGAAUGGUUUGGUGCAGUUUGCAUCCUCAUCGUGGUGGCCGCAAUUUGGCCAGUCUCAAAAUACUUCGGAGCGGAAAACCAGUCUUCUACACUCUUUCAAGGUCUUCAAAUACCACGGCAUGACCAUAAGAGAUCGUUGGAAAGAUGUGUCUAUGACCGUAGCAUCAGGGCAGGGCAUAAGGUAGAUGAACCUGGCGAAACACCUACGGUCGCUUUGAUAUGCAAGCCCUCAGCCCUCGCCAACUACCUGCUCAAACACUGCCUUAGUUUUUGCAAAUUUGCAUCGAUUCCAAAAUGGAACUGGCGCUCGAGUGCGUUUUUGCAGACUGUUUUUGGCGUUUGUUGGCCAUACGAGUGUCCGGUGCAUUUCAUCCGAGACCACCUUCAGCUGAGCGACGAUGGAUUGGUAGCCCUAGACUGGGCUGUUGUCGGUGUGGGUUAUCAUAAAAGGAGACGGACGUCGAGUAAUUCCACAAGUCCCAUUCUUCUGAUCAUCCCCAACUCCUUUGGCAAAAUCACCAGGAACGUAUUGAAGCUCUGUGAGGUGGCUCUGAGUCACGGUUACCUCCCCGUGGUCUUCAACCGGCGAAGUCAGAACGGGACUCCGCUCAGCACCAUUAAACUCCAGCAGUUCGGCGACCCAUCUGACCUCAGGGAGGCGGUGCGCUACAUCCGCUAUCGUCAGCCGUCGGGCCGGAUCUACGCCGUGAGCGAGAGCACGGGGUCUGGCCUGCUCCUCUCCUAUCUGGGCGAGUGCGGCUCUUCCAGCUACGUGACGGCAGCCACCUGCCUGUCGCCUGUCUUUCGCUGCCAGGCGUGGUUUGUGUGGCCCAUCCUGCUCUUCCACUGGGCCCUGCUGCUGUACCAGAGAUCUGCCUGAGCAGUGCAUUGUCUUGCGUGUGUCUGCAGGUACAAAACGGUUCUGGGGGAGGUGGUGCACACAGACACACUCUUCUCCAGCUGCUCCUUGAGGUCCAUGGAGGAGGCAUUGUUCUGUCAGCUGGGCCUGAAGGGGGCACCGGUGGACAGAGCAGGAGCCUGGGAAGCGUACUGGGAGCGAAACGACCCUCUGAGGGACGUGGACGAGGUAGCCAUCCCUGUGCUGUGUGUGUGCAGCCAGGACGACCCAGUACGAGGAGAAGGCCAAACCACAGUGCCUCUGGAGCUCUUUGAGAGUAACCCACAUUUCUUCCUGCUGCUAACGGGCCAAGGGGGCCACUGUGGCUUCUUUACACCUGCGGAAGACACCACACCCUGGAGCCACCAGGCCUUGCUGGAGUUCUUCCGCGCCACGACCGACUUCUUCGCAGCCGAGGAACGGGCCAAGCAAGCGGCCAGACGCCGAGGGCUGAACGGUUCCGGUAAAACCUUUCGGCACCGUAGCGUCAGCACAUGCAAGCGACUUCCCGUCUGUUCUCACAAUAUCCACGCCAUCUACAACUGGCAGAGGUCCUACACCAGAUGAUGGCUCUGGUCCUCUGGUCUUUGACUUAUGGAAACUGUGAACCACCCAGAAGGACUUCAGCUAACUGUGGGUGGUCCCUGAGCUGACAGUGGAACAAUGACCGGCAGACGUGUAGCACACAUGGAAUGGUUGUUUCAAAGUUGCCUUGCCGUCGUGUUAUUACAUCACUUUUCCGAAAAAUGUCCCUCCUCUUUUUUUUUUCUUUCCGGCAAGAGUUGGCUCACAAAAAAAAAACAGACUGUAUCUGGUCACGAAUGGUUUUCACAGUGCUCUUAAUUGUCAGCUUUUCUUUAGCGUUCCAACUCAUCUACAGUAUGGUCGUGAUGUUCUGCCAAUUUCAGUGCUAUUAAAACGCUCUUAACACAAAAUGUUAUGGAAAAGGCUUCCAAAGGGCACUUGAAAUUUCCAUUUGGUAAUAUUUCAGGAUGGUAAAGUGGAAGGGGAAUUAUGCCUUUGCAGUUCAGUGUUAUCUCCAUCAAACUGUCCCUUCACAAUACUCGCAGGAUACUUGAGUUAUUGUUCUGUGACAGUGGGAGUGUGCUGAAUGGGAGUGAACUGUGGAACCAAACUAGGGAAUCUUGUAUGAUGUCAUUGAGCGUCAAGGGGAAAAAUGCUCCUUUACUGAAAUGGGUGGAACAAGUUUUGUGGCUUUUCACAUCUUCUAAUUUAAAAUCUGGUCUGAACACCAGUGAUCACUUCUUCUUUUUUUUUUCUUUGGUCUCUCACUUUUUCACUGCUUUUAAGUUGAUCCUUACU